GACCCGGGUACCAUCACGUGUCCAGUUCACAUCCUCACCAGGGGAGGCGCUGUUGCCUUCACAUUUCCCGGUCAGCUGCUCUCCUGUUGGGCUGCGCCUCUGGCUUCAUGGCCGCCCCCACUUCCGGCCUGGGCCUCCCGGGAUACCUGCUGCUUCUGCUUCUACUGACUUCCCCGACCUGGGUCACAUCAGUCAGUCGCCGACACCCCAAAGACCAGGCAAAUUCACCGAGCAGUGACGUGGCCUGUGGCCAACCAGUGCUGCAAGGCAAACUCUUGGGUGGAGAGUUGACUCGUGAUCGGAAAUGGCCGUGGCAGGUCAGCGUGCAUUACUCUGGUUUUCACGUCUGUGGUGGCUCCAUCCUCAAUGCCUACUGGGUGCUGACGGCAGCACACUGCUUUGCCAGGGGGAAGAAACUCCAAACCUUUGACAUGUACGUGGGCAUCACCAACCUUGAGGUGGCCAACAGACAUACCCAGUGGCUUGAGAUUAACCAGGUGAUCAUUCACCCCACCUUCGAAAUGUUCCACCCGGUUGGCGGGGACGUGGCGCUAGUGCAGCUGAAGAGCCCCAUCGUGUUUUCUGACUUCGUGCUCCCGAUCUGCUUGCCACCUUCCAACCUGAACCUCCACAAUAUGUCUUGCUGGACUACGGGAUGGGGAAUGAUCUCACCGCAAGGCGAAACCGGGAAAGAGCUAUUGGAAGCCCAGUUACCACUGAUCCCUAAAUUCCAGUGUCAGCUGCUCUAUGGAUUAACAUCCUACCUCCUGCCAGAAAUGUUGUGUGCUGCAGACAUCAAGAAUAUGAAGAAUGUGUGUGAGGGUGACUCUGGCGGUCCACUGGUAUGUAAACUGAACGAAACCUGGUUGCAGAUUGGAAUAGUGAGCUGGGGACGCGGUUGUGCCCAGCCCCUGUACCCAGGGGUGUUUGCCAAUGUCUCCUAUUUUUUGAGUUGGAUCCGUUAUUAUAUGGAAACCGUACCCAAUCCUCCUCAGAUACUCCCCUCCCUCUCUUCAUCCCUGAGAAACAACCUAAGCACUCUUUUGACCAUAAUGGGGAGCCUGCUGGUUUUGUGAGGACUGAGACACCUACCCCCUUGCGCUGCCUCAUGCCCUGUUUCUGUCCUCUAUACUUCUCUAAUCCUGUUCCCACAAAUCUUGUUCCAUGAAGUCGGGACACUUGUCCUAGACUCUA